UUUUUUUAAAAAAAUGAAGUUUUUAUGAUAAUUUUAAGGGUAUUUAUAAGAUGGGAGGCACAAUUGAAAAAAUAAGAAGACAAACGGUAGUCCCAAAAAUAAAUUUUUUGAGGUUUCAUUAUAUAUAUAUUCUUUCAGCGAUUUUUAUUGGUACAUUUUUGAUUUAUAUACAAAGAAAUAUUAAGUUUGUUGAUGCACUUUUUCUUGGAAGCAGUGCAGCGACACAGGCAGGACUUGUAAUUCUAGACGUUAGUACGUUGUCUACAUAUCAGCAAGUUGUUUUGUAUAUUGUAUCUAUUUUAACAACAUCUAUUUUUAUUCAUUCUCUUACGGCAGUUGUUCGUUUUUUCUUGAUAAGGAGUAAAUUUGAUAAUAUAGUUCAACAAGCACGUACGCAGUCAUUGAGAAAAAACCAGAAUUUAUCACAUUCUUUUCUAUCAUAUAAUGAGAUAGAAGAGAAAGGAGUUGGUAAUCGUACGAUUCGUGUUUUAUUAAGACGAGAAAGUGCGAAUGAAAAUGACUUUAAUCCGACACCUUUACGUAGGACGAGUAUAUCAUUUGGAAAUGCUAAUCCACCAUCCAAAAUGCAAGAACAUGAGAGGAAAAACGAGGUUAAUCGGUCUUUGGAAGAAAGUUCUAAUUUAAAUAAUACAUCAAAUUAUAAUGUUUUAUUAAAUAAAGAUGAAAAUACUGAUAUAAAACUUCAAAAAAAUGAAGAAAAUGUUCUUUACGAAGAAAGACAAAUUACACCGGAUAUUCGGUUUGGCAAUCUUCCAGUUCCGGUUAGAAAAUCAAUUGACGUAACAAAGGAUAAUGAAUUAUCAACUUGUCAGAAUCCUUCUGAACAAGAAGAUGAAUUUAAUAAUAAAUUGCGAAAAUCUAAAAGCAUUGAGCCUCAGCCAGUUUCAACUAUUAAUGAUACAUUAACACCUAUUACAAGACUUCCAACAUAUGAAAAUAAUUAUUAUUUACGUAUGAGAAAAUCUCUUACUGGCGAUAAAAGUAUUUCUAAAGUUAGCACUUUUGAUCGUUAUAUUUCAAAUGCAUUUCGAAAAAAGAGAGAUUCUAGUCCAUUAUCUCAAAGAACCAGUAAAUCGUUUCCAUAUUUAUCAUAUCAACCUACAAUAGGACGAAAUUCUGCAUUUGUUACUCUAACAAAAGAACAACGUGAUGAGUUGGGAGGCAUUGAGUAUAGAGCCUUAAAAUUAUUAUGUUGGAUACUUGUUUGUUAUUAUCUUAUAUUUCAUUCUUUUGCAGCAAUUUUUUUCUUAAUUUUUUCUAUUUAUGCAAAAUCAUAUCAUAAAGCUAUUAAUGACGUAUCUUCAUCUUCGGUUUGGUGGGCAUUUUUUACUUCAGCAUCUCUUUUUAAUGAUUUUGGAAUGACAUUAAAUCCAACAUCUUUAAUUGAAUUUAGGCAAUCGAAAUUUAUCUUGAUUUUUGGUUCAUUUUUAAUUAUAGCUGGGAACACUGCAUUUCCCAUUUUUUUAAGAUUUUUUAUUUGGGUAAUUACUUUUAUUCUUCCAAGAGAUUCUUUGCAUAAAGAGAGUUUGCAUUUUCUUCUUGAUCAUCCUAGACGAUGCUUUAUUCUUCUUUUUCCUUUUAAGGUUACAAUGUGGCUUUUUGCUUUAUUAGUAAUUCUUAGUAUCACAGAUUCUAUACUCUUUAUGGUUCUUGAUUUCAAUAAUCCAUCAUUGGCUGAUAUCGAAUCUACAUUUACUAAGGUUUUAAAUUCAUUGUUUCAGUCAUUUUCUACUCGUACUGCGGGAUUUUCUAUUGUUAAUCUUUCAACUUUACAUACAGCUAUCCUUGUUAGUUAUAUGUUUAUGAUGUAUAUUUCUGUUUUUCCUGUUGCGGUUAGUAUAAGAAAAACCAAUGUUUAUGAGGAAAGAUCUUUAGGAAUAUAUACUAUUGAUGAUGAUUCUACUCAAGGUUCUUCGUUUGUUGGAACCCAUAUAAAACAUCAACUUUCUUUUGAUCUUUGGUAUAUAUUUCUAGGGCUUUUUAUUAUAUGUAUUGUGGAAAACACAAAUAUUAAGGAUGAAUCUCUUCCUAAUUUUUCUGUUUUUUCUAUAUUAUUUGAAAUAAUUUCUGCUUAUUGCACUGUUGGUCUUAGCUUGGGGCAUCCUGAUAUCCAUUCUUCAUUUUCAACGAAAUUAUCUACUGUUAGUAAAUUUGUUAUUAUUUGUCUUCAGAUUCGUGGCAGACAUAGAGGCCUUCCAUAUGCCUUAGAUCGUGCAGUUUUAUUACCUACAGAAAAAAUGGGAAGGGUUGAAGAAGAAGAUUAUCAAAGAAAAACAAAAGGUCCAAUGAUUAAUAGUGAAAUUCUAUAGUAAUUGAUUAUCAAGUAUAUUAUAUAAAAUACUUGAUAACU